AUGAGUCAGCAAAGCGGUGCAAAGGAUGCCGUCAUCAGCCAUGCCCAAGCUCACAAAGCAGGCCCGGACGGGCCAAUGACGGCACUUGAAACGACUGGCCGUCGCGGGGACCCCCGCGCCUCGAGAUAUGGUUUCAGCUCACUAGCUGGCGACAGGAGAGGGCGGGGUGCCUGGGGCGUCGACGUGGGCGGCAGACAGCGAAAAGAGAGUGACACGGUGAUGCGAGUCGGCGAAUUGGCCAGUGAGCAGACGAGCCAGCACACCCAACGAGAUUUUCGGGAUGGCGGCGUUAAGCUGAUCACGCUGGACGACUUUGCCCCUGGGAAGACGGCGCGGUCUGGGCAAGAGCAGCUCCUAAAAGUGAAAAGCGGUUGGGGUCUGGGGAACAAGUCUCGGGGGGUUGACAAAGACCCUAGCUCCCAAGGCCAAAGGCCCCACCUCGUGGAGAAGGAGAAGCCAAACGGCGUGGGGGUCAGGUUGGCUGCUGGCCCCAAGCUUCGGGUCGGGAAAGCAACUCGUCAGCUUGUCUCGGGCAAACUCGACGAGAACCCAGGAUGGAAGAAGGCACUCCCAUCAUAG